AUGACUAUUAAUUAUCAUUCAGGAAAGGCAAAUGUGGUAGCAGAGGCCUUGAGUCAGAAGGCGAUGAGUAUGGGUAGUCUAGCCAUGUUACAAGGUCGAGAGCAUCCUUUAGCUAGGGAUGUCCAAUCCUUGGCCAAUAGCUUUGUGAGACUUGAUAUUUCAGAAUCUGGUAAGAUUCGGGCUCAACAGUUUGAUGAUUGUGAUUUAUUUAAGAUUAGAGACACGGUUUUAAAAGGAGAAGCCAAGACUGCAAUUCUUGAUAGUGAGGGAGUUUUGAGGAUUAAAGGUCGUAUAUCUGUUCCUCAUACAAGUUAUUUGACUAGAUUGAUCAUGGAGGAGGCUCAUAGUUCGAGGAACUCUAUUCAUCCGGGGUCUACUAAGAUAUAUCUUGACUUAAAGCAGCAUUAUUGGUUGUGUCGUAUGAAGAGGGACAUAGUAGAUUUCGUAUCAUGA